UGUGCAAAAAUGACUAAACCUGAUUAGGCACUAGUAACAGUUGCUCGUUUUAGACAUACAUUAAACAAAUGUCACAAUUAUGUUAAUUUUUAAUCGCUAAAUGUAAAAUACUUUGUCAAGUGCAAAAACACAAACGUAACUAUGUCGUGUUAUUACCGUCAAUAUGAAGACACAACGGUGACAAUACCGAAGUAUUCUGUAGAAAGCUCAGCUGGGAUCACGUAUUAUGACAUCAAGGUUCGUGUGGGCAAUGUGGAUUGGUUUGUGGAGCGACGAUAUCGUGAUUUUGCCCAGCUGCACGAUAAAUUGGUCGAGGAUAUAUCCAUCAUCAAAAAAUUGUUGCCGCCAAAGAAGCUUGUGGGCAAUAAGCAGCCUGCGUUCUUAGAACAGCGACGCGAGCAACUGGAAACCUAUUUGCAAAAGCUACUCACCCAUUUUGGCAAGGAACUGCCACGUCUGUUGGCUGAAUUCUUGGAUUUCAACAAGUACGAUAUCAUCUAUCUGUUACAAGAUCUUGCCAAGCUUUUUCACGAAAGUGGCGAUGCGCUGCUGAGUGCCAAAAAGGAGUACAGUUUUUCAGCCCUAGAGAUAUAUGCCAUCAGUGAACGGCUCGCUCUGCCCUGCCCGCCCAGUAAUGAGCAAGGUGGUAAGUUUGACUUUUCGCACGUACUGGACUUUAGCACGCAGUUGGAGUCGCUGGUCGUGACGCCUAUCAAGGAUAAUGCCAGCUUCGCUCAGGAUUACAACACGGUGGAUGUACCAAUUGGACGCAGCAAUAUCAUUCCUAACCGCUUGAGCUUCAACUUGAACGCAUUCCGCAAUCUCAGAACACUCAAAUUUUCAGCUCUCUCCACCGAGAAUAUCGUGGACAUAGAGCUUUUAAAACCGACAUUGCAAACGAUUUGUGUGCACAAUACCACAAUUACCCACAUUAAUCAAGUGCUCCUUUGCGACAAUCUGCAUAAGAACUGUGAUGUGCCCAGUCUUCUGCCGGACCCCGCGGUAUCCAAUAGCGAGGAUGCUCUGCUCAAUACAGAUGCGUGGAAUGAGCUAACCGAGCUGGACUUGACGGGCAAUCUGCUCACACAAAUCGAUGGCAGUGUACGCACUGCGCCCAAACUGCGUCGUCUAAUCCUGGAGCAAAAUCGCAUUCGCGCCAUACAGAAUCUGGCAGAGCUGCCACACCUACAACUGCUCUCGCUGUCAGGCAAUUUAAUAUCCGACUGUGUCGACUGGCACCUCUCCAUGGGAAAUCUUGUGACUCUUAAAUUGGCACAGAACAAAAUCAAAUCGAUAAGCGGAUUGCGCAAACUGCUCUCCUUGGUCAAUCUGGACUUGAGCUGCAAUCUUAUCGAGCAAUUGGAUGAGGUGGAUCAUGUUGCUAAUCUGCCGCUCCUGGAGACGCUAUGCCUCACUGGCAAUCCUCUGGCAGGAAGUGUGGAUUACCGCCCACGCGUUUUGGCGCGUUUCCAUGAACGUGCUGCUGAGAUUUCGCUGGACAACGAACCAGGCACACAACAGGAGCUGGACACAGCGCUUGUACUGUCCGCUCUAUUGAAGUCCAAACAAAGACAGCAGAAUAAAUGACCAAGGAUCAAGAUCACAAACUCGACCUCAAUAAUCAGACAGUUCCAAACAUGUAAAAAUCAAUCUCACCAACAUAAGUAUUUCGAGGACGUCAGUUGGCUCAGUCAGGGAGCAACCAGUCUAUCAUAACUUUUCGAAGGUUUCGCAAU